ACCGUUUUUGCACUCAACAUGGCAUCCGAGAAAAAGGUUGUUCUCGUCACAGGUGGAAACACUGGCCUGGGCUAUGAAGCCAUCAAGGCCCUCUACGCCUCAUCCAUUGCCUACGAGAUCCUCCUUGGCACCCGCACCCUGAGCAAAGGCCAAGACGCCAUCCAGCAACUACAGACCGAAGUUUCCGACUCGUCCUCCAGCAUCACUUCCCUCCAGGUCGAUGUGAACUCCGAUGCGAGCAUCGAGGCCGCCAUCGCCGAGAUUACUAGCAGAUACGGCCGCCUCGACGCUCUCGUCAACAAUGCCGGCGCAAGCUUUGACGGCGCCGUUUCCAACGGCAGCAUGACCAUUCGCGAGGCCUGGAACACCUCCUGGGACACCAACGUCAGCGGCACCCACGUGCUGACCACGUUGGCCGUGCCUUUACUGCUCAAGAGCCGCGACAGCAGUGGCGAGCCCCCCAGACUCCUGUUUAUCACGAGCGGCACCAGUUCCUUGUGGGAGACGGAAGAGGAGAAUUGGGGGUCCAUGGUGCAUCUCUCGCGGAUAAAUGCGAGCCCUGCUGGGGGAUGGCCCAAGGAGGGCGGGCCGAUGGCUUUUACUAGCUAUAGGAGCACCAAGACCGGGCUGAACAUGCUGAUGAGGGAGUGGGUGCGGAUUCUGAAGAAUGAUGGGGUCAAAGUGUGGGCUGUUAGUCCUGGGUUUCUGGCGACGAACUUGGGUGGUGUGUCCCAGGAGACGCUGCGGAAGAUGGGCGCUCUAGAGCCGCAUGUGGGCGGUGAGUUCAUCCGAGAUGUGGUCCAGGGGAAGCAUGAUGAUCGUGCUGGAAAAGUGAUUCGCUCAGAUGCGUUGCAGCCAUGGUGAGGAUAUACGUGUGUAUAUAACCUGUCCUGUCAUGUCAAGUCAUUGUUUUUGGUCACACGCAAGCCUACUUUCAAGUUCAAUAAGGGAAUCUUAACGAGGAUACUCAACAACGACAAUAUAAACACCACUGGUAUUUUCGCACGUCU